GUCAUUGACAACGGGAUGUCAUUCUAUUUUAGUGAGUUUUGGAGCUAUUUCAAAUUUAUAACCUUAUAAAUUGCUUCGGGAAAAAAUGGCUGAAACUUCAGUAAAAAGAUUAAUCGCCGUGUUUUUCUUUUGGCUCUGUAAUGCGGUCUGAAGACCGAAAUCGACUUGCUAAGAGUAACGUUAACUUAACAGUCAAACAGUUCACUGAUGUUCACACGGCGAGUGCUAAAAGACAAUGAAUCAACCUCCAACAGUUAAGGAAAAAGGUUCGAGAACACUAAGGAACUUCGUAAAAGAAAAUAAAAAGUUAAGAUCUGGAAACAAGAGAAACGUCACUUCGUUUGUUGCAAACAAGGAUGUGAAAGUGUUGGCAGAGAGGAACCCAGCUGUGGCACCUGUGGGGGCUUGGGUUGAAAACGGACACGAGUGUCACCAACAUCCCGAGGUCCGCGCUUUGCUCACCGAGGAACUUUUGGAGGAAACACGACGAGAAAAAGAGGAGAGUCUGCGCAGAUUUCAGGAUGCAGUUCGCAUACGUGUAUCUCAACAGGCUCGUCUGCGCAAACGCCAGGAGCUGCUGAAAUCAUAUGAAAACGUUGAAUGUGAGAGCAGAAUACUGCAACAAAGCAGCAGAGUAACCCAGCACCUUACACCGCAGAAAAGUCUAAUUUCUUCUUUUGCUCAUGGGGAGCUGGCUGUUUGUAGUCCCAGCUCUCGCUGUGUCAGUGCUCGGGGGCUGGAGGCUGCUGAUUCUAGUCAACAUCAUGUCAGUAAAGUGAUGAAGGGGGUACGACACAGGCUAGCUGCUUGUCAGACAGUGCAAGAGACAGAUGAGCUAUCGCAGCUACCUGGUGGAAAAUGGAAAGCAUCUCGAACGAAAGAUACUUGGAGUGAUAAGGACGAAUGUGUAGAAGGUGCAAGGGAUGAAGAGAAAAGUGAGCAGGAUGUUGAAGCGGAGGAGGAGAUACCAUUGGUGGGGCAGCCUCUGAAUUUACACCAGCACAUAAGAAAGACUGUAACUUUUCAGAAUGAUAUGGUCUGCGAGAAGAUUCUGAAACAACAAGAUCUAAACGGUCCUUCUACAGACUUCAGUACUGACUAUAGAGCGUCCCAGGUCCUGUGGCCACAUGAAAAUCAGGAAGAGAUGCAGAAGCAGCAGAGGCAGUCUCACUUUCUCAUGUACCGCCGGCUCUUCAUGGAUAUUGAAAGAGAACGUGUGAAGGAACAGCAGAGAGACAGGAAGCAUCUGAAUAGAACGGCUAGGAUUAAGAGUGAAAAGGAGCAACUCAGGAAAGCUGAGGAGAUGAAGAUAGAGUUGCAGCGACGGCAGGAGGAAAAAAGAAAAGAAAUGGAAGAGAGGGAGUGCUUGAUAUUGGAGCGAUUGAGACUGGAUGAGGAUGAGGCAGCAGAGGAGGUGAAGAGAAGAGAAAUAAAGAAGAAAAGCAAAGAGACCAAAAGGUACAUUGAGGCCAUGCACGCUCGAAUGAAAGAGAAGUUGGAGAAAAAUAAAGUAGAUCUGCCACCUCUUUGUUGCUGUGGAGACACUUUCUGGGACACCCACCCUGAUACAUGCGCCAACAACUGUGUCUUCUACAACAAUCCAAAAGUGUAUUCCCAGGCUAUGCAGUCUGUCUUGCUAAACUGUGAUGUGAAAGAUGGAGGUCUCGGACAAUACAUUUCUACUUGGAAGACACAAUCCAUGUUUAAUCAAUAGUGGCCCAUGUCUACUGUAUAUUCUUCUGUAGUUACAUGUCAAUAACUUACAGUGUUUAUGUUGUAAUAUUUUAUGAUUGUAAUUUAUGUUUAUGAUUUUACCUUGGUUCUAAAUGAAACAAAAUACCUCAAUGUGAAGAGCAUUUUAAUGUUUAUGAAAUAAAGAUUUGAUUUGAUUUACAGCA